AUGCGUUCGUCCGCAAGCUGGCAGUCUUCUCCUAUUUUUGUGAUUGUAGUUGUGUGUGUCGCGGUGUUUACCGAUAUCUUUCUCUAUGGAUUAAAUGUGCCUGUGCUGCCCUUUGCACUGGAGGAAAGAACCGGGCUCAUGUUCGCCGGAUGGACUGGGGACCAAGCAUGCAAGAAGACGAGACAGCUGCCGUUCCUAGCCGGUAUGCUAAUUGCUGGGGGUGCGACACUGCUAUUCUCACUCAGUAGAUCCCUGGGUGGGGUCCUGAUUGCGGGGGUACUGCAAGGUCUCUCAACCCCUCUUAUCUUUACAAUUGGAUAUAGCCUUCUUUUGGAUACAGUUGGCAAUGGGCGCAUAGGACGGGCCCUUGGGUUUACUAGCAUGAGUCUCAGUUUAGGGUUGUUCACCGGGCCGAUUGUAGGAGGCUUCAACUACGAUUUCGCAGGCUAUUUCGCUGUCUUUGGACCUGCUUUUGCGUUGAUUAUCCUUGAGGUUGGUCUACGGUUGCUCCUGCAACCUACGGCUGACGAGCAUUCAUCUUUAAUAUCUAGCAGACCGGUUUCCAAUGCUAAUGACGACCCAAACGGUCUGAGCACUGCCCAACAUCAACCAGCAUCGUCCCUGGUGACCCUCCUACACUCUCCAUGCUUUGCAGUGGCGAUGGUGGGGAUGGCCCUCCUCAACACCUUCAUGACAGCCUUCGAAUCUGUCUUGCCUAUCUACCGGCACGAAGUCUUCGGCUACACGCCAAAGCAGAUAGCCGUGGUCUUCUUGGCAAACACUCUGCCUAUGGUCUUUUCUCCAGUUUCUGGGGCUCUAGUAGACCGAAUAGAGUCGUUCGGGCCUGCACUGGCCGGAUUCGCUCUCGCGGGUCCAAGCAUGAUGCUCCUGGCUCUGAUACAAACCAAUAAUUUCAUCAACUCCCUCCUCCUCCGGAUAUUGUUGUUUCUGUUUGGGAGUAGCGUCUCGCUCACCAUGCCGGCUAUGACGGCAGAGAUCAGUCUAGCCACCGAAGCGGUUGAGCAUGCACAUCCGGGAAUUUCUAGUCGAGGGGCAUACUCUCAGGCGUACGGUCUCAGUAACGCUGCCUUUGCGGGGAGGACAUUAGCCGGGCCAUUGUAUGCCGGUUACAUGAGAGAAUGGUUUGGGUGGAAAUUGAUGGUAAUUUCUUCGGGUGCGCUUGGUCUGGCCAUGGCAGGUUUGGUUUGUGGAUAUACUGGAGAAGGGCGCAAUGGUGAGGCCGUGCAGAGGAGAGAUCUCUAA